AUGAAUAUAGAAGAGGUACAGUCCACUGCCAAGAAACAGAGAAUCGCUACCCACACUCAUAUCAGAGGCCUUGGCCUGGAGUCCAGUGGAAGAGCGAUUGAUAUGGCUGCUGGUUUUGUGGGUCAGAAGGAGGCUAGAGAAGCAGCUGGUCUUGUAGUUGAUAUGAUCAAGCAGAAGAAGAUGGCCGGCCGUGCUCUUCUCUUAGCUGGGCCUCCUGGAACUGGGAAGACAGCUUUGGCUCUUGGGGUUUCCCAGGAACUUGGUACCAAGGUUCCAUUCUGUCCAAUGGUUGGAUCAGAAGUAUACUCAUCAGAAGUUAAGAAAACUGAGGUUUUGAUGGAAAAUUUUCGAAGGGCAAUUGGUCUACGUGUCAAGGAAAAUAAAGAGGUCUAUGAGGGAGAGGCAAAUGCUGAUAUUUUGGUAGUGUUGUAUCAGGUGACUGAACUUUCUCCAGAAGAAACAGAAAGUGUAACAGGUGGCUAUGGUAAAAGCAUUGGUGGUGUAAUUAUUGGGCUAAAAACUGUCAAAGGAACAAAGCAACUGAGAUUGGAAGCCAGUAUUUAUGAUGCCUUAAUUAAGGAGAAGGUAGCUGUGGGAGAUGUUAUAUACAUUGAAGCAAAUAGUGGAGCAGUCAAAAGAGUGGGUAGAAGUGAUGCUUUUGCGACAGAAUUCGACCUUGAAGCGGAGGAGUAUGUCCCCCUUCCUAAGGGGGAAGUUAGCAAAAAGAAGGAGAUAGUUCAGGAUGUAACGCUGCAUGAUCUAGAUGCUGCCAAUGCAAGGCCUCAAGGUGGGCAAGAUAUAUUGUCUUUAAUGGGCCAAAUGAUGAAGCCCAGAAAAACAGAAAUCACUGAUAAGCUACGACAGGAAAUAAAUAAGGUUGUUAAUGGGUUUAUCGACAAGGGUACUGCAGAGCUUGUCCCUGGAGUUCUAUUCAUUGAUGAGGUACAUAUGCUGGAUGUGGAGUGCUUUUCUUACUUGAAUCGUGCUUUGGAGAGCUCGCUGUCGCCAAUAGUGAUCUUUGCUACAAAUAGAGGAAUAUGUAACUUACUUGCUAGGAUUCAUAAGCAUCAUGUCUUCACAGAAUUGGAUCUCACCACAUUCAGAUUUCAAAGUGCAAAGGCUGCAAGAAUCUUCUUCAACUUCUUUUCCAAAAUGAGAACUUGUCGUAAGAUGCGUAUAGACACCUCACAGGCUGCUGGGGUAGAGGAAGGGACAGAUAUGAAUAGUCCUCAUGGCAUCCCUGUUGACUUGUUGGAUCGGUUGGUGAUUAUCCGAACCCAAACUUAUGGUCCUGCUGAGAUGAUACAGAUUUUAGCACUUCGUUCUCAGGUUGAGGAACUGCACAUAGAUGAAGAGAGUCUAGCCUACCUUGGGGAGAUUGGACAACGCACAUCCUUGAGGCAUGCAGUUCAGCUAUUAUCACCUGCUAGCAUUGUCGCAAAAAUGAAUGGUCGAGAAGAGAUAUGCAAGGCUGAUCUUGAGGAAGUGUCUGCAUUGUAUUUGGAUGCCAAGUCAUCGGCCAAGCUACUUCAGGAUCAGCAGGAGAACAAUUUUUCGUUUGCGAUCAACCUUCCAUGUCGUGUGUCUGAUAGGGUUCCUGCCCCUACGAUUCAGCCAUUGGUUCUGUGGGUUGAGAAAGCAGUUGUAAAGGAAAAUGAACUGAACUCGUAA